AUGGGAAAGUUAAAAUCCUCAUGCAACGUAAAAAGAAUAUCCCAGCAAGAACGCCACGUCGACUGGAUGUUGGCUUGUUCUGAUCCAACUCCACUUGCAUUUUUUCGGUUUAUAUUUCCAUCUCACCGAAUUAAAGCAUCUGAAAAAUAUAAGAAGGCGCUCGAUCUUGCUUUUAAAGAAGUCGACAGUGAGGAGUUGCGUAAUAACAAGAAUCUUAGAAGAUUGGGAAAUAUGGAUGCAGCAAAAAACAGCGGUAUAUCUAGUUAUUUACCCUUAAAUGAUGAAAUCGACAAAUUCUUUAUGAAUAAGGAAAAUAAUGAAAAGACUCGUAAUGGCGCUACCAGCAAUGAUAUUGAUAGCAUUAACUUCGUGGAACGUAUAGAAGAAUCCAAGCCAAUGCCAUCAACCUGUCAAUAUCCGUGGGUCCUCCGUAGUGGUACAAACGUAGGAGAUAAAUUGGCAAGCUCAAAAAUCUUUGAGGUAGGUUUAUUGACAGAUAAUAUGGACGUUAAAAUGGUUGAAAAUUUCAAUAAUGAAGUUAAAUUGAUUGAAUCAGAUUUUCUUGAUGUGGUAGAGUAUUUUUUUGAUGAAGUUGAAAAAAUUACAAAAAAAGACGAAAAAGAUAUCAUCAACGCGAUUGAUAGAUUAACCCCGGAAAUUAUUGAAGCGAAUAGAAAAGUAGAGCUUAGCGAUGAAGAAAAAAGUGUUAUUUCUAUUUUAAGACGGGCUGUUGUCGCGUAUGCUGAAAAUCUGGAAAGAAUUGAUCUUCCUGUUUCCGAGGCUGACUUUGACAACGCAUUUCCCAACAUGCUUGCCAAAAGAUUUUUAAGUCGUUCUGUUGUUCUCAGAGCUCGCAUUGGACAAAAGUGCGAUUUUCGGGGGAAUUUUGAAAAAGAGCGUCUCAGAAGUGGUGGACUCCCGGAGCCUCAUCGAAAAAAAAUUUAUGAAGACAAAGUUGAUCUGAGCGUGGCAAUGCGGGAUAUCUUAUAUACGUUUUUUAAAGAGAAUCCUAAAGCACCUAGUUCUGACCUUCAUUCCACAUUUGUCUUUGGAAUACACUCAUGGG